AAGCUAAAACGAUAAACGGCUGGUAGCUACCUGGCUAACUGUUAGCGCGCGAUGGGAUAUCGUUGUCUGUUAAAUCGGCAUGACAUAAAUUAUUCAAAAGCAUUUAUUUGUUAAUAUUAUCGGCUGGUUUGGGGGUUUUUUGUACUGACUGAUGAUCCGACAAGUUCAUUAGAUGGCAGACUAACUAAUGUCGGCUAACUAGCUAGCUACACCGACCUGGUUGUUGUGGGGUAAACAAAAUAAGAUCAUGGACUUCCCAGGACACUUUGAGCAGAUCUUCCAGCAGCUGAACUACCAGCGUGUCCACGGGCAGCUGUGCGAUUGUGUGAUUGUGGUGGGCAGCCGGCAUUUUAAAGCUCACCGCGCCGUCCUGGCCGCAUGCAGCACGCACUUCCGUGCGCUGUUUAGUGUCUCUGAGGGUGACGGUAACGUGAGUGUAAUCCGUCUGGAUUCAGAGGUGGUGACCUCUGAGGCGUUCUCGGUGCUCGUGGACAUGAUGUACACGUCCACGCUGACACUGGGAGAGAGCAAUGUAAUGGAUGUGUUAUUGGCCGCAUCUCAUUUGCAUUUAAAUACCGUAGUGAAGGCUUGUAAGCAUUAUCUAAACACUCGGACUUUGCCUAAGUCACCUCUUAGCGAGCGUGGGAGUCAGCGUGUCGAGCAACAGCAGCUGAAUAAUAACUCUAACUCGCACCUCCAACGCUCGUUCCUCCUGCAGCAGCUCGGGUUAAGCGUAGUUAGCUCCGCCCUUAGCGAAGAAACUGAGGAAGAAGGGUGCGCAGCCAGUCGAGGGGCAGGGGCAGUUUCAGCUAGCGGACUGUUACACCAGCGGGAGUCUUUCACCCCACAGCGACGCUUGCAGAAGCGCAGGCAGAACUUUUCUCUGAUUCGGUCGGAGGCAGAGAACCCGAGACAAAGACAACGCCUCCCUUCACAAGGCCAGGGGAUCGUGGAUGAUUGUGGAGAGGGAGGAGCUGUAGGGGAGGAACUUCUGUCCCCAGACUCGCGCAGCAAAACCAUCGAUGAGGAUUCCAAACUGGACGUAGUGGUGAUCGGAGGAGACGAGAGAGAAGACUACAGACGGGCAACAGCACAUGAGGACGUGCAGCUGCCCAGCCAAUCAGACGGUGGCAGAGGGAGCAGGGCGGAGCCUCUUCUGCUGCCGCACAAGGACGAAUAUCCAGAGGGUGAUGGUGUUCAAGUGAAAGGUGGAGGUGAGGGCGAAGCAGCACGUAUGCAGGUGAUGGUAAAGAGCGAGCCAAUCAGCUCGCCUGAAGGUGCCGACGAGACCAGUGAUGUCAUGUCGCAGGCUGAGGGCAGUGACCAGGUGGAGGCCGUGGGAGAGAAGCUGGAACUGAGUCCCGAAGGCAGCGAGCACAGCUUCAGUGACCCUCAGCCCAGCUCCGACAUCCUGAUCUCAGAAAUCAAGGGACCGGUCAUGGAAGGGGAAAGACUGGGCGAUACAGGAGGAGGUCUAGAGAGCCGGAGAGAAAGAGGAGGGGGUCUCCUGAGCCCGAUGAGCUUCGACCGUGUCUCUGUCCCAAAUACCACCACCGGGGAGUGCACACUGGACCACGAUCCCCCUCGCUUCCUGUUCGGCUCCGAAUCCUCUUCUUCUAUGCACCUCCCUCCGUCUCAGAACCUCCUCUGUCGGGAGGCGCAGGAUUUUUCCAGCAUGCGCGCUGACACACUUCUGCUUCAGCCCAUGCUGGAUUCGAUCGCGUCGUCCUCUUCAGAGCAGCUGGCAAUGGAGUUUCAGAGGAACAUUUGCGGGGGCGGGGCAUAUAGAUUUCCGCCUUAUCGACGCAUCGCGCCGAAAGCUGGAGCCGCAGCUGCUUUGAUGCAGGACGCCGCUUCCUCUUCCACCUCAUCGUCGUCCAUGCUCGUAAACGGUGCUAAUUUUGACGCUUCUAGUCAACGAGGGAGCAACUCGAAUCCUCUCCCACAGUUGACCCGCGCCUCAGCCGACGUGCUCUCCAAGUGUAAGAAGGCGCUCUCUGAGCAUAACGUGCUGGUGGUGGAAGGAGCGCGCAAGUACGCCUGUAAAAUCUGCUGUAAGACCUUCCUGACAUUAACAGACUGCAAGAAGCACAUCCGGGUUCACACGGGCGAGAAACCUUACGCCUGCCUGAAGUGCGGCAAGCGCUUUAGCCAAUCCAGCCACCUGUACAAACACUCCAAAACUACCUGCCUCCGGUGGCAGAACAACACCAUGUCGACCGGACUGCUUUAGACCCAACACACAUUUGUGAAUAUUAAACACACUCCGGAGAAUCGGCCUUGAAAAUACACCUGUGUGAUGUAGCCUGGGACACACACGCAAUUAGCUAUUACACUACUGUUAUCAAUAAUCCUUCACGAGCGAUGGCAUUAAAGAUGCCAUGUGAUUUUUACAUGUAUGAUGAAUUUAGGAAGAACUGGCAACCUCACGCUCGGCGUUGAUAACUGGAUAGAUGUGCGAUCUACUGUGACGAUGUCCCUCCAUCCCUUCCUUCGUCCUUCUUCUGCCUUUCAUCACCUUUCAUUUUUUUCUUCUCUUCUUCUUUCCAUUUCCUUCCUUCCUCCCUUCCUCCCUCCUUUCCUUCCAGGCCUCAUUUUUGUUUUUUUGUCCCUAAAUUACAGGGCUGAUUAAUUGUCUAUAACAGCAGCUCUGACUGUAGUUUCAGCUGCAGGGCGAAUCACAAGCUUAAAUCAACACACCGCAAAUACAAUAUCGUUUCUAUAGUAACGACUCGCACCACGACGUCCUACUAUGGCAAACGUUUGGAUGGAAAAAUUAUGUGCAAGAACAAAAAAGGCUCAAAGGUAAACGCACCGUCGGUGAAACCGCGGUGACGCAGAAGACGUCCUGAAAGCAAGCAGCGUUGCUCUUCUCAUCCUGACCCACAAACCCAUGCUUGUUGUUGUAGUCGUGAGUGGUGUCGUGGUCUCUCUGGACACAUUCCUGAACUCCUAAACGCUCCUCCAGAGAGACGUGUGCUGUACCGUAAUCGUUUCUGCUUCCUAGAUGUUUGCACCAGUGCAGUGUAUGUGAGCAUUUGUUCGUUUUCAAAGGGCUAAACCGAUGAAAAAGUACGCGAGCGACGUUUAAACUCCAUUUCUCUUCCUCAUGUCUUCUACAGAAACCUUGUGGCUUUAACAUCAUUUCUCCGGAAGUGACGCGAAAAGAUAAGAAGAUAAGAAAAGAUAAGACGAUGUUAUAAAUGUUUGUUUUGUUGUUUUCGUGUUAAAGAAAGAACUGUUUUUAUUUCCCCGAACCUGCCCCUGUGACGGUGUGUAAUACAGAAAUGUUCAGUGUUAAUAUGAGAUGUUAAUAAUAAGCUGGUGAGAGGAAAGCGUUCACCUUUUCACUUC